CUGAAGAACUACAUGUACCAAACUGCUUUGCUACACCUGAACCUUGAUAGAAUCCAUAUGUUUAGAAUCCAGUGAACAACUGCUGACAUCUACACACUAGAACUGCCUCACUGCUGUUUUCUAUCAAUCUUGGGCAACUAAGGUCUGGCUUGAGUGUCUCUGUCUCUCUUUUUUUCUCUCUCUCUCAUUCUUUGCUUUCUCCCUCCCUUACUCUUUCUCUCCAGAGUCCUCGGGCCGAACACAACUCUUCCUGAAGCCGUGAACAGAGAGAGAAGCAGGAAGGUUAGAUUUGAAUAAGUUGUUCAGCCAUGUUUGCUCUUGGCUUCUUCCUGUUGACUGGACUGGUAUGUCAGAGUUUGGGUCAGUAUGAUUACUAUGACCAGUACUAUGUCCCCUCCGCACCACUGGAGGAACCAUCAUCUCCACAUUGCUCCCAGGAGUGUGAAUGUCCCUUCAGCUUCCCCACAGCCAUGUACUGCAACGGGCGCGACUUGAAGUUCAUCCCUAUUGUGCCGAGCGGCAUCAAAUACCUCUACCUACAGGACAACCAUAUUGAGGAGAUCAAGGCUGGCGUGUUCGACAACGCUACCGACCUUCGCUGGCUCAUUCUUGACAACAACAACAUCACCAGCCACAAGAUUCAUGGUGGCACCAUUGAUAAACUGAAGAAACUGGAGAAGCUCCAUUUCAGCAAUAACAGGCUGACCAAACCCCCUAGUUCUCUUUCAAAGUCUCUGGAUGAGUUGAAGUUGAUCGGCAACCAAUUGAGCUCGUUCCCUGCUAACACCUUGUCUGGGAUGGAAAACCUGACCACCCUCCACCUGUCCAAGAACAAGUUGACCACCGAGAGCAUCACAGGUGCCUUCAAAAGCCUGAAGUCCCUUGUUCUGCUGGACGUGAGCGAGAACAAGCUCAAGAAACUUCCCUCGGGAGUUCCACCUUCGCUUCUGAUGCUCUACGCGGACCAUAACGACAUAGACGGCAUUCCCAAUGGCUACCUGGCCAAGCUGCCAGCCCUGCAGUACCUGCGUGUCUCUCACAACAAGCUGGUGGACUCUGGAAUCCCUGCAGGUGUGUUCAACGUGUCUUCUCUCCUUGAGCUCGACCUGUCUUUUAACAAGCUGAAGAGCAUUCCGGAGAUCAGCGAAUCGCUUGAGCAUCUCUACUUGCAAGUCAACGAGAUAAACAAGUUUGACCUUGCAAAUAUCUGCAAGUUCAGCUCCCCGGUCAACUACUCUCGACUCAGGACCCUGCGCUUGGAUGGAAACAACAUCACACACCGCAGUCUGCCAGAUGACACGGCCAACUGCCUUCGCCAGGCCUCAGAGAUCAUCUUUGAUUAAAGUCACACCUCGCCAGUAGUUUAUCAAAUACAUUAAGGCUAUUACUCUUAUUAGACACUCUGAGUGACUUCUGCACGUCUUUAUUCAUGAUUCCGACAAACACAUCUGUUUACAUGCACACUGACGACAAUAUUUUCUCUCUAAAAUGUUGAUGAACACAUCUGUAGGUAAAAUGGGCAGCAGUAGUCUGGAAUCUUGAAAAUCUGGCACAUAAAAUGUCAGUCUUGUAUGGUACUGUAUGAAGAGUAGUAGUCGAAUUAGACAAGAUAUUCCCAUCUAAAGAAAUACAUAUUUGUGAAAAUUGUGAAUAGCCCAGUGUGUACUCCAUAAGAAGUUGCCAACGCUAUCUCACGGCCAAUUCGUACAUAUUUUACGAGGUGGCUUAUUCAUACGAAUUUGUACGACCUCACUCGUACGAUUUUAUACGAUUUGUCUAAACCCCAGUGACGGUUAGGUUUAGGGGCGGGGUUAGGUGUAGGUCAUUCGUACAAAUUCAUACGAAUUGUGCAACUUGUAAAAUACGUACGAUUUGGCAACAAUCGUAUGAAUUUGUACGAGUGUGGCCGUACGAAUUCGUACGAAUAAGCCACCUUGUUAAAAAAUUACGAAUUGCCGUGAGAUCGGGUUGGAAGUUGCACUAUAUGUCAUCUAACUGCAUCUUAAUAUUUCUGCAUGAUAAGUACCCUAAUCAUUCAAAAUUGUAAUCAUGUUAUUAAUAAGCCUGCUGGUAAGGAAAUUAUAUUGUUUAGAAUACAAUUUAUGGAUAAUAACUAUCUAGUUGUAUAUAAAAUUGCUAAAUGUGCAGCAAUGUUGAAGGAUAUCCAACUGAAACUGAGAUCCACACAAAACUAAAAAUUUAAUAGAGUGAAUUUGCUGAGGUUUAGCUAACUGCAAAGUAAAUCUUACGUUUUUUUUUGUUUAUUAUUAUUUAACUGAGGAAUUUCAGUGCCAAAAUGUUGUAUUAAUAGCAAAUUAGUAUCAGCUUGAAUUUAAUUUCUGAACUCUGCCAACAUUUAUACCAUAUUUUAUCUGCAUGCAGUUCAUCUUAUUUUGUAACAGCAAUUGUUUUCAAUUCUGUGGCAAACAACAUUAAAAAAAAUUAUGUAUUCAAUACACAAUUUCACAUCAUCACAAUGUUAGUCGAAUCAUUGAACCACGAGAUUACAGUAACCUUGGCGGACUGUUGUAAAAGUUGUAAUUUCCCUGAUUUGUUGUUAUAUUUUGUUUUAUUUUUUAUUCAAACUUUAUUUGAAUAAACCAGAUUUCUUACA